AUGAUCCUACCGCUCUUCCUGCACCCAACUCCCCGCCACGAGCCUGUGGCCUUCAUAUUGGCCAUGCAGUCUAUGCCACAACUGCUCAGGCAAACGAUCCGUUCAAGCCUCCAACUUACCCGUACAACCCCAGUGCGAGAUCGGUUCCGCCCUACCUCAACUGCAUUUCCCAUUAGACCGAUCCCGCGGAGCUUCUCUACCUGCCUACAAUGCCAAUUCCGCACGCAGUCAGCGACAUUUGCGGACUUCAAUGAUAGAGAAAGAGUCUCGGCUGAUACCGAGAGGUUAAUUAAAGAGAAGGAGAAGGAAUUGGCUGACCUGGAGCUCGCCUCGCGCGACCCGGUACCGAUCCCGGGUGUGGAGGCGGGCAGCUCCUUUGAGGGUCCGCCUGUCCCAGAACCCCCAGCAAACACACAAUCACAAAAGGAGGAGGCAAAUCCAGCUCCACAGGAAGAGAACCCUCGAGUGAGUGGGGGGUUACCUUCAUACUUGGAAAGUCGUCGGUCAAAAUGGUCCAAGCAGUUCGAUACAGCUAUGGAUAAUCUCCAGUCAAAUGUCUUCGUGGCAGGUCAGCGGUUGAAUGAUCUGACUGGAUACUCCAGCAUUGAAGCUCUGAAGAAGGAGAUCCAAUUCCAAGAGGAACGACUCCGCACCGCCCGAUCACACGUUAAACAUGCAAAGGAAGAAUAUACUGCUGCUAUCAACCGCCGUUCCAUGUCCCAGCGCGAAGUGAAUGAGCUGCUUCAACGCAAGCAUGCUUGGUCUUCAACCGACCUGGAGCGCUUCACCCUCCUCUACCGCAACGAUCAUACCAACGAAGUCGCCGAAACAGAGACCUCACAUGCCCUAUCGGCCUCAGAGCGUGAAGCUGAAGAGGCAGCUGCGCAGCUGAGCAAGAGCAUUCUCUCCCGAUACCACGAGGAGCAGGUCUGGUCUGACAAGAUCCGUCGCAUGUCCACAUGGGGAACCUGGGGUCUGAUGGGAGUCAAUGUUUUGCUGUUCCUUGUUUUCCAGAUUCUUGUCGAGCCAUGGCGCAGGAAAAGACUUGUCAAGGGCUUCGAGGAUAAGGUCGUUGAAGCUCUGGAGAAAGAGAAGGUCCUUAACCGGGCUAUGUUCGCUGAGAACGCUGUCUCCAUCUCUGCCCUCCCCGUCACUCUUCCCGAGACCAUUGAUUCCACAUCGGACACCACCCCUUCGUUGUUGGUGGAGCCGAAGCACGUCACGGACACGGAGGAUCCCACUACGGCGACUGUUAUCGCUCCAACUGACGCCCCUGCGUCUCAGUCUCUGCAGACUCGUCUGUUAAACAUCACCUCCUCUAUUUCUUCACUUGAGUACUGGACUCAAGUGUACCAUGAACUAUUCAGUGACCGCGAUAUCACAGCAUCUCAGCGUGAUCUCACAACCGUGGCCAUUCAGAGUGCAGCGGCUGGUGUGGUCAUGACCAGUCUCCUUUUCGCCCUACUUGGACCUCGGUAA